UAUUUUUUCGUGACCCAGAUCCCCAAACGUCAUUUUGAAGGUACAGGAGAGAAGACCCCCAAGAGUCCAAUCUCUUCUAGUAACUCGACUUGAGUGCAGGUCAAGGGUACAGGAAGGAGAUUUAGGUGGUUUAAAAUCUCACAGUGGAGGGGAUUAAUGGAGUUGGGGGGGGGGGUAGGUGCAGAGGGUGGAGGCGUCCUGAUCCCAGGGCUGAAGAAUGGCUGCCUUUGCCCGCCUGCUGGAGCAUCUCCUCUGGCCAGCUUGCAAAAAACAGGAGGCAGAGGAGGAGGAGGAGGGGCGCAGGUCUCACCACGGGCCUCGGUCGCUCCUGGACGCGCCGCGAUGCGUCCAGCGGCCGCACGGGGGUGCGGCGGCGUCUUGCGGCUUGCGCUUCGGGGCCAGCGCUGUGCAGGGCUGGCGCGCGCACAUGGAGGACGCGCACUGCGCUUGGCUCGAGCUGCCCGGGCUACCCCCAGGCUGGGCAUUCUUCGCGGUCCUCGACGGCCACGGCGGGGCGCGAGCUGCCCUAUUCGGUGCGCGCCACCUGCCGGGCCACGUGCUAGAGGCUCUGGGCCCCGCGCCGGGCGAGCCCGAGGGAGUGCGCGGGGCGCUACGCCGAGCCUUCCUGAGCGCGGACGCACGCCUGCGUGCGCUCUGGCCUCGUGGCGAGCCCGGGGGCACCACGGCCGUGGCUUUGCUAGUCUCCCCGCGUUUUCUAUACUUGGCGCAUUGCGGUGACUCCCGAGCGAUGCUGAGUCGCGCCGGCGCCGUGGCCUUCAGCACCGAGGACCAUCGGCCCCUCCGGCCCCGGGAACGGGAGCGCAUCCACAACGCGGGGGGCACCAUCCGCCGCCGGCGCCUCGAAGGCUCACUGGCAGUAUCCCGAGCGCUGGGCGACUUUGCUUACAAAGAGGCUCCGGGAAGGCCCCCUGAGCUGCAGCUCGUUUCUGCGGAGCCUGAGGUCACCGCCCUGGCUCGCCAGGCUGAGGACGAAUUCCUGCUAUUGGCCUCUGACGGUGUGUGGGACGCGAUGUCUGGCGCUGCCCUGGCGGGACUGGUGGCGUCGCGCCUCCGCUUGGGCCUGGCCCCGGAGCUUCUCUGCGCGCAGCUAUUGGACACGUGUCUGUGCAAGGGCAGCCUGGACAACAUGACCUGCAUCCUGGUCUGCUUCCCCGGGGCCCCCAGGCCUUGUGAGGAGGCGAUCAAGAAGGAGUUAGCGCUGGACACAGCCCUGGGCCACAGGGUCGCCGCGCUGUGUUCCUCUGCUCAGGAGCCCCCCAGCCUGAACACGGUUUUCUGGACUCUGGCCUCAGAGGACAUCCCAGAUUUACCUCCUGGGGGAGGGCUGCACUGCAAGGCGGCUGUCAUUGCUGAAGUUUAUUCUCAGCUCUACCAAGCCUCAGGACACGAAAGGCAGGCAGGAUCUCCGCAUGAGGUAGCAGACAGUUGCAGCUCUAGCAGCCUCAUGUCCCAGGAGCCCAACAUCCCCAGUGGAGAGAAUUCACCAGGUUCCCAGUAGCGGAAGCUCUGGUUCCAUGGCUGGUUCUCACUGGUCACACUGGCCCACAUGUCUGAUCAGUCACUGUGUCUCUGACUGGCCAGGCUGGGGUCAUAUGCCCACCCCUAGGACUUGGGGCUGAGGUCCACUCCACCCAACCCAGAAGGAUUGAUGGACAGAUGGGGAAUGGCGGCCCCUCAAAGAAAAAUAAAAGUGGUGCUUCCAGAAUAUAGGGAAGCAGAUACUGAGAACCAAGGGGAGGUUCUUAUCAGCCGUUUCCCACCUUCUUUGUUACAAAAGGGCCCAACUGGGGCCAGAAAGCCCACUGGCACCCACUGAAACUCUUCCUUGGACUUGGAGGCCUGACAGCUGUUGCCCUUUGAGGACCCUGUGCCUAGCCAGGGCCUCAAAGGAACUGAGGAAGAAGACUCCCCUUCCCCAGCUACACAGGCCAGAGGAAGGAAGACAACCCGAGGGAGGAACCCCAGAAUGCUUAUUUCCCCUUCUCCUACUUCCCUCUCACACAAAGUCUUAUGGGGAAAUUCCACCCAUCUGAACUUAAAAGGAAAAAAAAAACCCACCCCAAACCAAA